CUCCCUUCCCUUCUUCUCCCCCCUAUCAGCCGCACACACUGACACACGCAUACACACCUUCACAUCAGUUUCUCUCACUCUCCCUCAACUCUCGACUGUCUCUCUCGACUGCUCGAACUCACGGCCGCUGGAGCUCGCCGGAGCAAGCGGCGGCAACCAUUACCUCUCGGUUCUCCCUUCUCUCGGUUCAAAACAGAGAAUCACCGCCUCCGUCCAUCUCUCUCUCACCGUGGCUGAAAGGUAGCGGCAAAGCCGCCGUGCCUUGCCAUCUCCCUCGAGUCUCUCUCUCUCGACUCUCUUCUCAGAUCGGAACCCCACCCACCUCUCAUUCUCUGCUCAGCGCGCGACGACUUCAAAACCUAAAUCCACAUUUCCGUUCAAUCCACUAUGGAUCCGCAGCCCGAACCCGUAAACUACAUCUGCGGAGAUUGUGGGCAGGAGAACACGCUGAAGCCAGGGGAUGUGAUUCAGUGCCGUGAAUGUGGUUAUCGCAUCCUCUACAAGAAACGCACCCGCAGAAUUGUCCAGUAUGAAGCGCGCUAGAGAAACUUCGGAGGUCUAUAGAGUAAAAUCAAUUGGUUAAUUUCCCAUUACUGUUGUCUGCACGAUGUUUUAUGAUAUGUUGUUGAGAAUUGUUAAUCUCUGUGAAUUGUGAUAUAUUAUAUGGUGAUGUACAUUGCAUGUUUUGUGGUUACUUUAUGAAUUCAAGAAAUGAAAACGUGUGUUGCUCGAUC